AAGCUUUGAGAGCUGGGAACGAUAGUGGACGGCCGCUGCCCAUAAAGCGCCCUGUUCUAACACGCGCAUACGAUUGAACCACGCUCCAGCCAUCAUGGCGCCUACCGCCUCGCCAACGAACGACUCUCGAGACCGAACGCCUGCAAGCUCCGCUCGAAUCGGUCCGCACCCAUCGUACAUCGAAGUCGCGAAACCCUAUAUCCUGCAGUCGGCGAUCCAGAGAUGUCUUGUGGACCUCGCCAUGUCGGAUGCGAAAGAGGAUGCAGUCCGGUUACAGGGCGUCGCAUACAUCGACCAAGUGCGGCGAGCGCUGCAGCUGCCUGUGCGCACCUUCAAUACGGCCGUGAUAUACUACCACAAGUUCCGGUUGCUGCAUGCGGAGAACGAGUACAGCUGGGAGGGCGCAGCGGCAGCGGCGCUGUUCACUGCGUGCAAGAUUGAGGAUACGCUGAAGAAGAGUAGGGAGGUGCUUGCGGCGUAUUAUAACAGCAAGGUCGGGGUGGGGGAGCAGCUGAGCAGCGAUGAUCCGCGAUUCGAGAAUCACUCCAAGCUCAUACUAGGUCUCGAGCGCCUCAUGCUUGAGAGCGCCGGCUUCGACUUCCGAAAUCGAUACCCGCAGAAGGUCAUGGUUAAGCUGGCGCGGGCUUUGCGCUUUGACCCCGGACGCGAGGCCGCGACGAUGUGGAACGUGAGUCUCGACAUGUAUAGGACUUUUGCGCCGCUCAAACAGACGACGCCGACUAUGGCGAUUGCGUGCAUCGAGCUGGCUGCUCGUCUCCAUGAGAUGGAUACCAGCGAGAUCGUUGAUGCAGGAGUAUGCCGGUACAGCAAGUGGAACACAACACGGGCUGAAAUCAUGGAAACAUUGCUUGAUCUCCUGGAUCUAUACACGCACCAUCGAGUCAACACCGCGCUCGGCCCGUACUACUCUCUUGAAACGUUCAUCAACAUCCGAAUCACACUCAACAACGAAGCUUCCGCAGCUAAAAUACCACGCUACGCCACCUACGCCUCCGAAGCAACCAGUUCCGGUCCCAAGAGCACCAACGGAACCAAAGCGCGGAAUGGCAUCGAUCCGACAUCACCCCUCGCUCCCCUUACACCCGCCACCCCCGGAACCAUAUCACCAGGAACAGCUCAGCCGCCGAAAAGCGCGAUCGGGAACCGUGGACAGAGUGGCACUGUACGAUUCAUGCUCGACGCGAAGCGCGCGCAGGAGGAGAAGAAAGCGGUUGAUAAGUACUGGGUUGUUGAAGAAGAAGAGUAUGAAGUGGAGGUACCGAACACUCCCGAAGUGCGCGACCGCGCACCGGAUCGAGACCGCGAGCGUCCCCGCGAGCGUCCCCGCGAACCACUCCGUGAUAGGGAGCGCGAACGAGAGCGAGAGCGCGACAGAGAACGGGAACGGGAUCGGGAAAGAGAUAGAGACUGGGAUUCCAGAAGAGUGCGUUGAGCGAGAGUACCUUGUUUUUGGUUUUGUCUAUUUAUUACUGCACGAACUGAUCUCCGACUCCGAUUCCAAUAGACAGACCUGUACGCGCAAAUUCCAAGGGACUAGCUCCUUUCGAGGCCACGCCAAGCUCAAUGUCUA